GUCAUUCAAAAAAGAGUGUCACAACUGUCAAAAAUAUGAUUGAUUAAAAUGGACAUCGAAAAUUUCGAAAGUGAAACUACACCGAAAAUUCCAAAUUUACAGUUAGCCCAACAAAAGUUUGUUCUCUCUUUACCGGAGUACCAAAAUGACGAAGCAAGAAAAAAAGAAUUAUACGAAGCUAUCGUGGCCGAAGAUAUGGCCCCUUAUUACGAAAUCGUUUGUAGCGACUUAAAAUGGAAACUGAAUAAGAAAGUGCUAAAGCAAAUGAAAGAACGUAACACACAAGUUUUAGUUUCAAUGGAUGAAGACAUCGAAGCAUCGUUGAAAGGGUUAGUGGCCAAGGACUGUGCGGAACUGUAUCUAAAUAAAGCUAAUUAUCUGUGUAAGAUUGGUGAUAAAGAAAACGCAAUUAAGGUACUCAGUCACGCUUAUGAUCAAAGCUUCUCGUUAAAAAAUAAAUUAGACAAUGUGUUCUUUUGUAUCCGCAUCGGAUUCUUUUUCAUGGACUUCAAGUUGAUCGAAAGUAAUGUAGAAAAAGCCGAAAAAUUAACCGAAGAAGAUACCGACUGGCACAGCCGGAACUGUUUUAAAAUAUUUAAAGCCAUUUACUCUCUAGUUGUCAGGAAUUUUAAGUCCGCCUCUCAGCUCUUAGUGGACGCCAUUUCGACUUUUGUAUGCACCGAAAUAAUCACUUACGAGCAGUUCAUAAAAUAUACUCUUAUAUCUUCAGUGCUAACCUUGAGCCGCAACGAAACAAAACAACGAUUAAUUCAAAACGCAGAUAUGCAACAGGCGCUGCAAGCCGAUAAUACAUUUAGAGAGUACUUAUAUAGUUUAUAUAAUUGCGAUUAUAAAGUUUUUUUCCAGCGGCUGGCCGAUAUAGAGGUUUUUAUGAAACAAGACAUGUUUCUUAAUCCACACUAUAAAUCUUACGUUCGAGAAAUGAAAAUAAAAGCAUACGAUCAACUACUUUCCACUUACAUAUCAGUAAAUCUGUCUUACAUGAGCGAACAGUUCGGCGUCUGCGAGGACUACAUAGAAAACGACCUUAGUAAAUUCAUUGCAGCAGGAAGACUGAGUUACAAAAUAGAUAAAGUUAGCGGAAUUGUCGUAAAUCAACGCAAAGACAGAAAAACUGAGGUAUUUCAGGCAGUCAUAAAACAAGGAGACAUUCUUCUUAAUCGUGUACAUAAACUAGGUCGAGUUAUCGAAAUUUAAGAAAAAAAGCGAGUUGCUACGCUAUAAUGCAUAUUUAUGUAAAAAUGCCACAGAUAUACACUCAUGGACAAAAAUGGAUAUUUUCAUUUUUUUUUGUUUUAAUAAAUUCUGUUCAAUUAA